UCUUUUUCCUUUUUACUGACAUAAUGCAAGCGAUGUGAGCGCAUAUAACGUUUCCCAGUGGUUAUUUUUGGGAACGCAUUUGUGGGAGCGCUCUGCUUAAGCUUACUGUUCCAAAGGGAACAUGACUAAUGUUCUCUCGUGAUCACUCAGAAAUGUCGGUUGUCUUGCGAGUUUAUUUAUCUAUUUAUUUGUUAUGAAUUAACCCUCCCAGUUUGAUCUAUAGGCAAUAAUAGGGACUGGAGUGAUAAUCUGUGCCUGGGACUAGACACCUGCUACUGUGAUUGGCACUGGGUCUGAUUUAUGGAACAUUUUUUGUGAUUUAAAAGGUGGGGUUAUGAUGGAUCCUGUGAUUCCUCUGGAGCAGAAUAACUUCACUUUGAGCGCAGUGCCACUGACACAUCCGCUGUGCACAGAAUGGAAAAGAGACCCAGAAGGAUCAGUGUUUCAUCUCGCGAAUAUCCUCCUGGUACUGGGUUUCAUGGGCGGGAGUGGAUUUUACGGAUUGAUCUACAUGUUUAGUUUGAUGUCGCUUGGCUUUUUGUGCUACUCCUUUUGGGCAUGGUCUAAUCCCUGCACCACGGACUCGUUUUCAUGGGCUUUUGUCCUGUUUGUUAUUUCUGUUGCUCAAGUCGUCUAUAUUGCGUACCGCCUGCGGAGUGUGACUUUUGAGAAGGACUUCCAGGAUCUCUAUGCAUCCAUGUUCAAAAAGUUAGGAGUGUCACUCAGUCACUUCGGCAAGAUCGUCUCUUGUUGUGAGCAGGAAAUCCAUACAAUCGAAAAAGAGCACUACUUUGCAGUCGAGGGGAAAACUCCUAUCGAUAAACUGUCUGUUCUUCUCUCCGGGAGAAUCCGUGUUACAGUGGAUGGAGAAUUUCUGCACUACAUCUACCCUUUCCAGUUCUUGGAUUCACCUGAGUGGGAUUCACUCAAACCGUCGGAGGAGGGGGUUUUCCAGGUAACACUAAAAGCAGACGAUCGCUGCACAUAUGUCGCUUGGAGACGCAAGACUUUAUAUCUGCUCUUUGCCAAACACCGCUAUAUCGCCAAGAUAUUCGCACUGGUGGUGCGCAGUGACAUCGCCGAUAAGCUGUACUCGCUGAACGACAGAGCGCUGGACGCACACGGCUUCCGCUAUGAUCUGCGUUUACCCAGCUUCUGCCAUACGCCACAGGCACAGUUAGAAAAACCACAUAACUGUUAAAAACCACGCCAUGACCCUGAUCUGGAAUGUCCUCUCACUUAUUCAGGAGAAAGUAGGUCUUAAAGAAAUCAAAAGGAAGUCCACGAGAGAGGUGUAUUUCCUUGACCUUUGCACCUUGUUAGUAAUAUAUAUAUUUUUUAAAUCAUCAUAUUCCAUGUUCAGUGCAUCAUU